GAAAGUUUUAUUUAACUUAUCCAAGAACAAAAAUCUUAUCUCAAAAUCGUCUUUAUAAAAUACGUUUUGAAGCAUUUGAAUUAAAUCAAAAUGCAACAAUUCGAUUUUUAUCGAUUUGGGAAUAUCCAAUUGAGUUUAAUUUUCUUCCCUCAUAUCGUUUAGCAAAAAUAUUAAAAUUUCAAGAACGAAAUCAACAUUGUCAAAGCAAUCCUUGUCAAAAUAAUGGAACUUGUAUUCAUAUAAUGAAUAUUAAUGAUUCUACAACAUAUUUUUGUUCAUGUUCAACCAAAUCCUAUGGAAAAAAUUGUGAAUAUAUUGAUAAUUCAAGUUGUUCAAUAUGUUCAUCGAAUAGUUUAUGUCGAUCACAUUAUUAUUCUACAAAUUCAUCAUUAUGUUUAUGUUCAAUGAAUCGUUUUGGUCCAAGAUGUUAUCUUGAAAGAAUAUGUGAUAUGUAUCAUAAUAAAAAUCCAUGUUUCAAUGGUGGACUUUGUUAUGUUCAAUAUGAUCAAGAUUCUUUAUUAAAAGAUUAUAUUUGUAUUUGUCAAAAUCAAUAUUAUGGUGAUUCUUGUGAAUCGUCCUCCGGUCAAAUUAAUAUUAAAUAUUUAAUCAGUGAUUAUUCAAUUCUUGCAUCGGUUAUUCAACUUUAUAAUUAUGAUAUUUUUACAUUAGAUUUUAUUUUAAAAAAACAACAAAUUUCAAAAGAACAACCAUUAUAUUCAACUGUUAUUUAUCCAGGAGAAAUUUUACCAAAUUUUGGUUUUCUUAAAAUUUUUUUACAUUCAAUAGAAAUUAAAUAUUUUCUCUUAUAUUAUCAAAAAAAUGAGAAAAAUCUUAGUUUAACUAUUAAUUUAAAUGCAAAUAAUUCUUGUCAAUAUACACAUUUCUUACUUUUUUCUAAUAUAUCAAAUGGAAUAUUUCAAGGAUUAAAUAGAACAACAAUAAUAUUUCAAUAUCAUAGUUUAUGUCAACAAUAUGAUUUUCGAUGUUUUUAUGAUGAAAAUUAUUUUUGUUUAUGUGAUAGAAAUAAACGAGCAGAAUGUUUUCGUUUCAAUCGAACUGUAGAUUCAUGUCGAUAUUGUUUAAUGAAUAGUCCAUGUAUUCAAGAAAAUCCAAAUGAUCAAUCAAAUUUUCUUUGUUUAUGUUCAAAAUGUUAUUUUGUUGGUGUUGGUUAUUAUUUAUUUGUUAAUAGUAUCACAAGUCAAGUAUCAAUUGUAUUUUUAUUUUUAAAAAUGAUUUAUUUUUUAUUAAGUGCAAAAGGUUUCAUAUUAAAUUAUACAAUUAAUAUGAUUUUAUGUAAAUCAAUUACAUAUCUUUUAUCAUGUUCUACUCGUUUAUGUUAUUGGUUAAUUAGUUUUAUAUCAAUUGAACGUGCUUAUGUAACUGUAUUUCCAAAUCAUAUAUGGAUUAAAAAAUCUAAAAUAACUAUAACUAUUAUUAUUUUAGCAAUUCUAUUUACAUUUGGCAUACAUUGUCAUGAAGUUAUUUCUUAUAAUGUUGUUUCUGAUCCAAAAUAUACCAAAAGUGGAACAUGGUGUGCUAUACAAUAUAAUCAAUAUUUAUCAAUUUAUAAUCAAAUAAUAACAAUAUUCAAUUAUAUGAUUCCAUGUUUGAUCAAUUUUCUUUCCGUAUUUAUUCUUAUUGGAGUUGUUACAUAUAAACGUGCGAAUAUUAAUCGAAAACAAUCAUGUAUUAAAAUAUUUCAACAACAAUUUCAACAGUAUAAAGAUUUAUUUAUUCCAUCGAUUUUUAUUAUUUUAAGCGCAUUACCACAAUUUAUAAUAUCAUUCAGUUUAGCAUGUACAGAAUUUUUAGAAGUUCCAUGGCAACGUUAUCUAAUAAUAGCAUCAUAUUUCUUAUCUUAUUUACCUCAAAUGACAAAUUACAUUCUAUUUAUUUUACCUUCAAUGUUUUAUAAAGCAGAAUUUGAUCAGACAUUAUUAGCACAAAUAAUAAACAGAUUGAAAAAGCAACUAUUUGGUAGACACACUGAUCAGUGA